AAGUACGCCCUACACGCUGUACGACACUGAAGACGAAAGAAAGUCACUGGGAUCUGCUUCCGAAGAACUACUCUCCGGCGUUCACACUUGUUUGCUGUUUUUCCUCCUCCCGUUCGCUUGGCUUGAGCGACGGCUAGGGCGACCGCCGCCGCCCUACGCCCAGCUGCCCAUGUCUUCUUCGGGCCCUUUGCCGGCGGCGGGAACCCACCACACCAGGAAUCGUGCAAACAAUCGGCGCAAGUCUGGAGAUAGGGCCGAUAGGGCUAAUUACUCCUACAACAAUGAUGGGGAGAAGAGUCAUGUUCCUUCAUUAAAGAACCUUCCUCCAAUUGUUCAUCAUGAAACAUUCUUCAGCAAUGUUCAGAAUGACUACAAUCAAACAGGAUUAGUGCCUUUGGAGGGAUGUUCUGCCAGUGAGGCCUCACAGCUUCUCAGUGACCGUUGGACUGCUGCAAUGAACUUGUACAAUGACCAAACAAUUGACCCAUCCGAGAAACCAGUAAUGUAUUCUGGAUCUAGCAGCUCAUCAUGGGGUCACCUGAAGCUUCCUCAUCAGAUGAACUUCCUUGAAGAGUUGCGCCGUGCACUGGACGCUCAUACCGAAGUUGCAUCGCCUGUCGACACCUGGAACUAAUUGAAGUCAGCAUCUGCAUCAUUAUGGGUUAUUACUAAUUUAUGGAAGGCAGGCUAUUCGCCAGGUCUAUGUAUGUUAUUUCAUUACACGGAUGAUGCGCCAAAAGGCUUUUGUCUGACCUGCAACUGCUCGGGUUUCAUCUGGAAUCAGCAUUUGUACAAUUGUACCAUUGUUACCCCUGGCCUUAUUAGCUGCAAAGCAGCUUGUUGUAUCAGUUAAUGACGUGGCGUAUACUCAGGCCCUUGAAAGUUUGAAACAGCUUGGCGGUUGUAUGCUAGUUCGAGAAUUCGGUGAUUAUCAUA